GAUCUGUCUGGCAUCUGAUAUAUGAAUCAAUACAACACCCCGCCAUUUACACCGCUCGAGUUGGCGGAUAGACGCCCCGACGAUGCUGACAUCCGUUGAAUCUGCUGCGCCCGCCUGUACAUGGGAGUGUUACGAUAACAUGGAGUGGAACAUGGGAGAACAUGUCAGAUCUUCUCGUGUUACCGUUCCUGUAAAAGAGGACAUAACCUACCUCCCAAAGAAGCCAGCGAAAAUCACAUUCACAAAUCACCUCCUGCUUUUCCACUGUUGGAUUAUUGACCAGCUGAGAGCGGGGUAUAUCUUCCCUUGCAUUAGCCAGGGGUGCAUGAGAAAAGAGGGGAUAGGAGGGUUGCGCACAUGGUUGACAUCUACAUCGAAAUGUAUCGUUCACCGAUGUUGGAAGCUGCUCUUUCCACCACAUGUGCAUUGCACUGCGUAUGAGCGAAGGAUGCUUUUCCUCGUGGUUGUUUCUUUAAUAUUCUGGUUUUGGCCGAUAUAUCAAAGUCAGUUAAGGCGGUCAGUGGUAGGUGAACGCGAGGGUGUGGGAAAGGGGAAAGGGGAAGGGGAACCGAAAAGGGGGCAAGGCCCUAAAGGGCUGAGACAAGCGACUGCAGGAAGAGGGAUGAUUGGUUAUCCUAAUUAUUUGUUCAGUUCUGUUUAUAAUUGACCCUCGGGCCGGUAACUACGAUAACUAAUUUAAUGUGACAGGAGAGGAUAGUAACGUAACCAACCGUUCACCUGCUUGAGUUAGCUGGGGGGAAAAGUAAACAUCGGCCUGUCCAGACUGGAAAUGGGUGGGCAGUUACGCCGGUGACGAGAUCAUGCCAUGACCAUGAAACUAUGCCCAUAUCAUAUGCUUGAGAGAGAGCGGUGACCUGUAGAGUUGGUCAACCCGCAUUAUCAUCAGCAAAGGAGGUAGAAUGUACUCUGUAGAUGCAAAGUAAAUAAACAAAAAAUCAGAAUUGAAGUUUGGUCUUGUUGAUAUCUCGCUUGUUUCAAUAUAUAUGACAAUGCAACAGAUUGAACUUUGCGUAGAUGGAUCCCUCCCUACUUCGAUUCUGUGAAUAAAAAACGAAGUCUUAUCAGCCAAUUAAUUAACUACUCAGCAUAGAUAAUCAUUAUUUGAUUGGUUAAGUUAAUCGGCAGCAAGAACCUCGCUGCCCGCAUCAGCCGGGCGUUCAGGAAAAUCUUUUGUUUGAACAUUAACUAGUUAUUUGAUAUUGGCUGGUUGAGGAGACCUUCAAUUCCACCCCCUAAAGCAAUCGGCGUACUCGCUUAACUUCGAGAACCGCUUUCCACGGUGAAUAAUAAAUGAAUGAAUAUACUGCACGAUUGACGCAUCUAUACUUUCGAUCGGGGGCUCAAGCUCGGGGUCUGGGGACGGUCCGGCGCAACAACCGAAAUUUCAUUGUGCACUAACUUCCUCGAGGCGGCCUAUCAAAAUUAAAUAAUGCGAGUUCCGUUUGCACGAGAGUGGUUGCCGGCAACAAAGACGUGCAGGAUGAAAGAUGCUUUGUGGGCCAUCUCCUGGAAAUAUGACGACAAUUGCCAAUUCCCAUAUGCCGGGGGGUUGAUCUGGAUAUGGUAAUUUAUUUUUUUAUUUUUUUAAGGGGCAUACUUUCUGUUGAUGUCUGCUUGGAAACAUUGAAAUUUCGGGUAUUUAUAUCCUUGUUUGGUAGUUAAGGGAAGGUUUCUGGUUCAAGAGGCCAUGUAUCGGGGAUGGGAUGGCCGUUGAUAGAUGGAAUGGUUGGCGGUUGUUACAUCGCUCUCUUGCCGCGCUGAUCGACGUUCGACAGUGUUCACCGUAAUUAUAUUUAAUAAUUAUUUAACACUAGGGUUCCUUGAAAAUCAAAAUUAAUAUAAAAAAAGCCGUUCGUGGGCGAUGUUCGUUCAUCUCGUCUGCAGCCACUGACUGAGCCCGGCUGCACUGAUUUUAGCCUGCUGUUAAGUUACGAAACAUCAAUGUCCCCAAUCGACGAGAAGAGAGAACAGUCCUCUAGUUAGCCAUACAAUCGCCGUCAAAAAUGGUUGCACACCGCAAAACGGCGUUUCUCUGCUCGAUUUUGAAACCCGCGCGCUGGAGUCACAACCCCGAGCUGCACGCUCAUACAGAAGGGUCCACCAAGACCAACAAGGAGGGCAAAAGGCGCAUCUGCAUCGUACAUUUCAAUGAAAUGAGCUGAUCAGUGCGCAUUUUACUGCACUUGAAAAUCCCAUUCAGAGUUGCUGAUAAGUGUGGGGAAAAUAUCAUGUUAAGAAUGUGAGAGGCGAAUUUUUUCCUUGAUGUAACUUACUCUCAUCAUCCUUGAUUUGAAUAUUUAAAGGACAUUCUCCAAAUCCAGGUGAUCCCGAUAGCUCAAGUUUAUUUUUAUCUUUCCCGGUUCUAUUCGGUGUUGCGCCUUGAUAAAAGCUCUUGCUUUCAAAGGGUAGUUAUGAGUUUGUAGCAAAGUUGGUGAACGACACUAAGCCACACGACAAGCUUCCUGUGUCGCUCGAGCCUGGUAUUGGCUUUCUUGGUGACUCUAGAUGCAAGUUGGAUGCGCUUUGGUCGUUUUGUUGCAAGGUUCAAGAAUUGAUCGUCCCUUAUAAUAGCUCAAGCUCCCUUUUCGCUUAGCCUGGAACCCAGCUUCCUGGGAUCUCGAAUUGGACGCCGCUGCUUAAUCUCUACGCUGAGUUGGCGGCUGGUGUUGCAACCGUUCGUAGAAUAUCUGCGUAACAAAGCGGCUCUAAUAUUAAUGCGGGGAUUGGGGAUGGCUUAUGGAUGCGAGCGGAAGAUCAUCAAAUAGAGAUCGGACGCGGAUUGUCAAGGAUUUUGGACUGAAUUUUGACCUGUAGAUUCCGGAUUUCAGAGCGAUAUUUGUCCCACGUUUGGCCUUUAUCAAAGUUGCUAGAUUUUCUUUUUUUCUUCUUUUUCUUCUUCUUUUUUUUUUUUUUCCCUGGUCGCCUCUUUGCCAAUGCCAGUCCCUACUUUGGAAUUGGGCUUGCUAUAAGGUGUGGAGGAGGAGGAAACCAUUCUGGAAGCGAUCACGGCUUUGUUCAACGCAUAUAAUUUCUCCAGAUAUCCCCCCGCAAGAUCAAUGAGCUCCGGUUGUCCGUAUAUAAUACUGCAUUACUAUUCCGCCUCAUCGGAUGUCUGAGAGGGGCUUUCGGUUACUUUAUUUUUUUUUGCUUGCCCUUCCCUUCCUUUCCACAGCACCAGGCGUGCUCUUGAUGCGUGGAGUGUUUAUCUCUCCUAAUGCAUUUCAAUCGAAUAUAGAGAUCUGGGGUAGAUAACGGGUUUAUUCCCCCCUGACGCAAGUCGCCUCUUUGUGGUUUGAGCAUCCGGUAUAUCAAUAGCACACACUGUUUGUUAGAAGUACGAAGUUUUUCUUUUCUCUCUACUUGCCAUUCCCGCCUAUCCCCUGACGCUUCGCAGCUCUGCUGCUUGUGGUAUUCCUUUUAAUCUAUUUCGGGUCCAUGUGUCAACGAAGGGUUGUGGUUGUUGUUGUUCAAUGCGGGAUUCCGUUCGUGCAGAAUUCAUCCCACAACGUAUGACGUAUAUAUGCAUAGUACAGACAGUUUUACGUCCUAUUUCCUGUUGUGGGACUGUACAAUAUACAGAGAAAGCAUGGAAGAAACUGACCGUCUUGGUAAAUAGAGAGAUCAUUUCACUGAUUUUGUAUGACAAGCAUAAAUCCACACAACCUCAAUUCUGCAGCAAUCGUCCCUAUAGAUGUUCGUCUGGCUGGCAGCUCGCAUAAGAUGCAGCGUCCAGACGGCAGCUUCGCAAGACGAAGUGAACCCAGCGUUACCAUACCGAUGGGGCGGUCAAGAGACGAGAUAAUGGCGGUGGAGAAGAGAGUAUCAGCGACUCUCGUUGAUAAACGGCCUGUCAGCCGGAGGGGGCUCAUCCACGGUGCUGAUAUGAAUACUAGCCCUGAAGAACUGAGCAUAUACGGCCAACGACCAUUGACGGCAGCAAGCACGCAGGCCAAUUGCGGGAAUACCCUCGAUUUAUUGAAGUUCCUUGACGGCCAGCAUGAACCAAUGCACCGUUCAGCUCCGUUCCAGAUCGUCGUGAACAUAGUGGCCUCGGGCCGCAAGCGACUACGCUUGCAAGAAAACAACAAGCCCAAGGUUCGGCGCAAAAGCGAAGCAGCUGAAAGAGACGAUCAGCAUCGCCAGGCGGAAAAGCCUAGAUCGAGGAUAUGGAGUUCAAUGUCUCAGACGACGACGAAGAAGAAGAAAAGGCCAUGGAGUGGCAAUGCCAAAUCACAGGCCAAUGAUACAGCAGUCCGUGACGACGAACAAGCUGGCAGCCCACAUCGGCGCAAGUGGAUGAUGGUGUCUGGAACGCGGAACAGGAAGAACUCCAAGCUGGUCGAGUACGAAAACCGCGACUUUUUAUACCCAGGAGUGGGCGAGCUGCCUUCUCUGCCAGUUGAGAAAAAGGACAAUAAGAACAACAGCAAUAAUAGUAAUAGUAAUUAUAUCGACAACGACAACAACUGCGACGACAGGCAGAGCUCCGUUGUGAGCCCGCGUUCACAGGAGCCGCGGACGCCAGGAGACGCUUUCUGGCAUCCAGAGACAGCCCACGAGAAUUUCAAUCAAACAGACCCCAAGAACGGCGCUGAACGGCCUGAAGAUUCCACUGCUGCCCCGCUUGCAAGAGAUCCAAAUCGCCUAGGCCAGGAACCGAGCUCUCUAGCGCUGAAUGGCUCCGCAGCUAACGGUGUUUGCGAUGUUCUCACCACGCCAACUGGCGGCAUCACGAGCGUCCGAGAUUAUAAUAGCGAGCACUGUCAUAAACUCAAUGACGCGCAUUGCGAGAAGCGGCAUCCAUUGAAACAACAUGCCUGUACGGAGAAAACCACUACUGUGUCGGGUUCAUCAAGCAUCGUCAGACCCCGUUUUGCACUGCUUCAGCCCAACGAUUGCCAUCCCGCGUCGAAGAACACCAGCUCAGCUCCACUGCUUCCAAGUGUUCCGCCUGGAUUAACACCAGCGCUGACAGCAUCGGGCAAAGAGACAGAUUCGGAGCCAAAGGAAUCGCUGCCUUAUCUGCCCUCUGACUCGUCUCACAUCGAUCUCGAGUGUCUACCACCUAGGAGUUCUAGCAAGGGAGCUUGCCAAAACCCAUCUAUCUUCGCUACGUUCACACAUCAUCGCCGCCGGAGCUCUUACUCCAAGACUCGUGCUUACCCACAGCGCCCUCGCAACUCCAUCGAUACCCAAUCGUUGAUUUCCCUUUUCCCUCGCCCCGCCCGCUUCACGGAUGCCUCACAAUCUGCAGCUUCGACGUCGUCACUGACUGGACAAAUGCAGCCGUUGCAUGCUGUGUCAACCUCGAUGCCAAACCGCGCCAGGAUAGCAAACAGUACUGGGCAUCAAAGAUCCAGCUCGAAAGGCUCACCGUUAGUUGCGUCUCGCCUGCACCGAGAGACAUCACUAGAUAUGACAACUACCCAGGCUGCCGUGCCUCUUCCACCCCCACAAACUACAGAUACCUCUCAACACACGUCGGUAGCAACCAAGACAACAAAUCUGCAAGAUCACUUCGUUUUCACAGCGUCUGGGGACCAACAAUGCAUAGAACGGAACUCUGGAAGACGCUCAAGUCCAAGGGGGCCUCUGGAGUCGAAAAGGCUACGUUGCUUGGGAAUAUCUGACCCCUCGAAGAUGGACGCAACAAAGCCACUAGACAAAAUGAGUCGAGCAGAACGAGUCUUUGUAUUGCGAAUGCGAGAUAUGUGUCUUGCCCGUGGAGGACUGAAAAAGGAUACCCAACCACCUCUUCCUUCAGAAGACAGCACACCCGAGGAGGUUCGGCGUGGUUGGGAGCUACAAUCGGAGUCCAAGAAAGCAGGGCAUCAAGCUACGGGUAUCUCGAUUACUCCUCCAAAAGUCCGGAGAAACGAUGCUCCAGGCUCUCCCCCAAGCAUUCCCUUGCCUAAAGACCCGCCUGUGCCCUCACUACGAUCUCCGUCUAAUAAGAUAGCAUUCAAUCUAAAUCAACUAGCCCGCCAGUCACCGUCGACCAUAUCGUUGGAUGCUGCUCUUGCCCACAAAGUUGACGCAAGUCUGUCUGCAAGUUCAAGCGGAAGCACUCACAGAAGCAAUAGCAAUAAGAGCUGGUCGAGUAGAAGUGCUCGUUCAGGAAGCAAUAUCCCUCAACAGCACCAUGCGGCUAAUGUCGCACACCACACGCCCAGUUCCCGAGCUGACGGUCUGCCAGAAAAGAAUGCGAUAUCCAGCGGAUCUCGCCCCCGUACUCCACUACCUCCACCAAUGUCUGACGAAGCCCAUACUGCCAUUUCAACGGAUUGCGGAAAUUGCGUCUCCUCACACCUGCGAGCCAACCCAAGCCCAACAAACAAAAACCGCAAAAACACCUUCUUCUACAAAGAAAACCGGUCUGAACCCCGACUAAAUAAUGCCCCAGCAUCGCAAUCUCCCCUCCGCGAAUGCUUCCCCCCGGACAACUCCGGUCCAUAUACUCCUAGCCCGUCACAUUCCAGCAAUAAAAAUACCCACAGCAACAGAACCAGCGCCAGUAAUGGCAACCACACUCACACCACCUCGUCCCCACAAUCAUCCUCGAUACGCCCCCGCUCACAAGACACCUCCACACAUCCCCAAUGCGAAGCCCGCAUCGCCUUCCUCGAACGUCAGAACAAAAUGCUCCAGGCAGCCCUCAUCGCCGCUCUAGAUGUUGGGGUCACCUUUGACGCGGACCUCAUACGUAGCGUCACUGCGACACCACCUAUUAGCAUCGCUAGCCCAGGUUGCGAAACCAAUAACAAGGAUACCUUUCGUCACUCAUACGCGAGUACGGCUACGACUGGCACGACGAGAACGACUACAAGCGCCCAACGCCUGAGUAUGGAUGGUCGUCGAUCGCACAUUAGCGAUCAUAGCGUCGAGCGUGGAGUCAAUGUGGCUAGAUCGCGGAGCGUGCGGGAGGCGCAGACGCCUAACUAUCAAAAUAGAAAACUAGCUUGCGGUGGGGAGGGCUCAGGGGAUAGAUAUAAAACCAUCACCUCAUUUUCACGUCCAUUGUCGCCACGGCCCUUUGAAUAGAAUGAUUUUAUUCUCGGUGGAUUAGAAAUGUUGGACGUAUCUUGCUUGGUGUUGGAGAGCUUUUGUUUUGCCCUUUUUUAUUUCACUCCUCUCUUUGUUUGUGGGAGUGUUGUUUUUUUAGCGAAUACCAAUAUACCAUAUGAUGUUAGUUAUUUCAAUAAAAUCUAUUUUCCCCUCUUCCUCAUAAGACCUUUUUUCUCUCCCUUUACCUUUUCCGACGGUACGGUUGUAAGUUGCUUGCGGCGAGGAAUAAACGAAAACAUCUGAGAUAUACAGAGUUUAUCAGUUAAAGAAAAUGAAA